GGCCUCCCUUGAUGCAAAAACCAUAUAUACACAAUCUUCGUCAUUAACUGCACUAUACUGUCGGAUAUUACGCGUCUAAGUUUUUUAGAAUUGGUUAAAUGUAAAACUGACUAUGAGGUAUUACCAACUCUUAAACAAAGAAUGAUAUUAUAUUAUUCAUCCAUACAGUGUGCCCAGGGUGGUUGCCUCCUCAAAGCUACUUAUAACUAUAAUGCGUGUUAUUGUCUCAAUGACAAUUUUUAAAAUUGCGAUAAGUGCUUUGUGAUAACUUAUAAAGGGGUGCAGAAUCAAAAUUCCAUCACUUCAACCAAAGCAGCACUUCUAUUAGAUAGCGAUCAACAAUCAUGGACAUCUUCACUUACUUGAUGUUCGCGAGUGUGAUUCUUGUCUGCUCUUUGAUUGAAGAGAGCAAUGCUGCUGUGCUUAGAGUUAACAAAAACGUUGCCAAACUAAAUCAAAUCGCUGAUGGCGAUCUCGAAGUUGAAAGUGAAUAUUCUGACAAUCAGGCAAAGGCUCAAGACACCAGGGAAACAGUGUCCGACCAACGUAGCAAACGUAGUGCACAUUUGAACUUUAGCGCAGUGAUGCCAGGACCAAGAUUUCACAGACACAGGGGACACAGUCUUCGGACACAUCUUAAGUCAAGACGCAACAAAUCCAGGUCGUCAAAUGUCCGAAGAAGAAUAACAGGCGGAGGUAAAGGUACGUGGACGUGGUUACCCGCAUACAAAAGAUACGCCUGGUUGCCAGAAGAGAAGCCAGACAAGGACGACAGUUUCAGCAAACUUAUGCGUUAUGGAAAGUGAGCCCAAAGUAAAGAAGUAAGGGUACGACUAAAAGUUUCAAAAACAUUAAUGAAAUUCACGGUUGUUCGUUAUUCGCAAGAUGGGACAAUGAGAACAAUUGUGCCGCUAACUUUUGGUGAUUCUGAAACUGAAAUUAACAUUUAGAUUCGAAUGUUUGAAUUGAUUUAGCAUACUUGAAAGCUGGCGAUCAUAGAAGUUGAAAAUAAUGUUGUAUAAAUGGCGUUAACUAUUGAAACGACAUUGUGUUCGUGAUAUUUCAAAUCGAUGUGGC